GUAUCUGUCACAAAGUGCGAAAGGUUUGCGUGUCAGAGCAAGAGCACAUUUUCUUCCUUUUCCGUGGCGAAUUCCCCGUGAAAGAGCCGUAUUCCACCUGUGCCAGUGCUGCGAGAAAGUGUCAAACACCACCAGGACAGAGAAUGAGUGACAAUCGCGAGAAGAUUCUCGAGCAAAUCAAAGUGCAAGGCGACUUGGUGAGGAAAUUGAAGGCAGCGAAGGAGCCCAAGGAGAAGUAAAUUUCAUACGUCAUCAGAGUGCGAUAAUAGAAUUUUGAUUCAAUUGUAACGCAUUUUGGAAAGAGAUUAAGAGGCAAAAUGAUAGGCGUUUUGAGAAAGAUUCGACUGAUGAGAGACUUUCGGGGCUUCUGCACAGCUCAGAUCGAUGUUGAGGUGGCAAAGCUGCUGGCGCUGAAGGCAAAGGUCACCGAGGAGGAUGGCGAGGCGUCCGGUGGGCAGAAGUUCAUGCUGAAGACGCCCAAGGGCACGCGGGACUACAAUCCGCAGCAGAUGGCUCUGCGUCAGGGCGUCCUGGACAAGAUUGUCACAGUAUUCAAGAAGCACGGCGCUGAGAGCAUCGACACGCCGGUCUUUGAGCGCAAAGAAGUGCUGACGGGAAAGUAUGGCGAGGACUCAAAGCUGAUCUACGACUUGAAGGAUCAGGGUGGAGAGAUUCUCUCUCUGCGCUACGAUUUGACCGUUCCGCUCGCUCGCUAUCUGGCAAUGAGCAAGAUUGCGUCCAUCAAGCGCUACCACAUCGCCAAAGUGUACCGCAGGGACAAUCCCGCCAUGACGAGGGGGCGCUACAGGGAGUUCUACCAGUGCGACUUCGACAUCGCCGGCACGUACGACUGCAUGAUUCCGGACGCCGAGUGCGUGAAGGUCGUGUCUGAGAUCCUCAGCGGACUCGAUAUCGGCGACUACGUGAUCAAGCUGAACCACCGAAUGCUCCUGGACGGCAUGUUCGAGGCGUGCGGCGUGCCGACUGACAAAUUCCGCUCCAUUUGCUCGGCUGUCGACAAACUGGACAAGUCGCCAUGGGAGGAGGUGAAGCGCGAAAUGAUGGAGGAGAAGGGACUCGACGAGCAGACGGCGGAUCAAAUUGGGGAAUAUGUUCAGCUGUCCGGUGGUCUUGAUCUCGUGGAGAAGCUGCAGAAGGAUGCGAAGUUGAUGGCGACAAAGUCGGCGGUGACGGGAUUGGAGCAGAUGAAGAAGUUGCUGAAGUAUUGCGAGGUUUUGGGUCUCUGCAAUGAGAUCCGGUUCGAUUUGAGUCUGGCCAGAGGCUUGGACUACUACACUGGCGUGAUCUACGAGGCGGUGCUCACGGCAAUGCCGGAGGUGACGAAUGGCGGCGACGUGGAGCCCGUGACGCUGGGUUCAGUGGCCGGCGGUGGACGCUAUGACAAUCUCGUGGGCAUGUUCGAUCCGAAGGGCAAGCAAGUGCCGUGCGUGGGCGUGUCCAUUGGCGUGGAGAGGAUCUUCUCGCUGCUGGAGGCGAAGCAGGCGGCCGAGGGCAUCAAGAUGCGCACCACGGACGUGGAAGUGUACGUGGCGAGUGCCCACAAGGGGCUGCACGAGCAGCGACUGAAGGUGAUCACGGAGUUGUGGGAUGGCGGGAUUAAGGCGGAGCAUUCCUACAAGGAGAAUCCCAAGCUUCUCGGUCAGUUGCAGCACUGCGAGGAGCACGGAAUCCCGUUCGCGCUCAUUCUGGGCAGUUCGGAGCUGGAGAAGGGCGUCGUGAAGCUGCGCGAGGUGUCGUCGAGGAAGGAAGUGGAGAUCUCACGCGUGAACAUCGCCGAGGAGCUCAGUCUGAGGCUUUCGCAGCUGCGAAAUGGUGACUUCUAAGCUGGAAGCUUCGCCGUGCGCCACUCAUUCGGUUGUCUCUGUGCUUCACUGUCCUGCCACAGACUUUACCUCAAAACACGAUGAGUUUCUCCGCUGAGAUACAGGUAUAAAAAAUGCACACGCAAUGGUGAGAAAGACAAUUCUCAAUUAAUUUUUACUUAGAAUUCCCGAACAAGAGUGGUAUUUCACACUGAAUAUGAUUCUUAUUACUGAAAUAACAAA